CUCAAAAAGAAUUUUUUUUAAAUUUAGGUUAAUGUCAUCAAAUACAAUCCGAUUCGUCAACUGUUUACCGAUUGGUUCCCAUUGGUCCGAGAAUCGAAGCACAGUAAGUAAGUGGUAGAAGUGUGUAUGAAUGCAGGGAUGUUAAGUACACAGAAGUCGAAUGCAGAGUAUCGUGAAAAUUAAGAUGAAAGAAUACGACGAUAUAAAAUCAAUUGUAUCUGAAGAAUUAUAUUAAACAACUGCUUUAUUAAAAUAACAAAAAAUGUAUACACUUUUGCAUAUAUGCAUAUAUGCAUAUGUAAGCUUUAAAGAUGGAAAGAGAGAGAUUGUACCUACAGAAAAUAUUCGUCACUUUGAUCCAGCAAAUUUUGAUAAAAAUAAAUUGUAUAAUAUAUUAUGGAAGGACAAACACUACUACGAAGGUGCCAUUGCUUUUGUACGAGGUUCAUAUUGGAAGAGAUUUAUGGAUACUAGCGGGACAAUUUGAUACCUUACUAUGCCAGAAAAAACCAACGGUAUUUGUAAAGGAAUUGGCGAAAAUCGUAAUUGGAGAUAAGACAUUGGAAAAAAGCACUGUUACUGGAAAAAUUUCGAACAGAAGCAAAGGGAAUAAUACUGUGCCUGAAAAAUUAGAUGGUCGCAAAUUAGCAGCUAUAAAAGAUUCAUUAGCAUUUUUUCUUUCUACAAAUUAUUUUGACAAGAUGGAUAUGGUGACAAAACAGACUCAUUUAAAUAACGUCGGCAAUUAUAUAAGUGCCUACAUUGCUGAUUUAAAAAAAAAGAAGCGAAUACAAGAGAAAUUCGCAUUUGCCAAAAAAGAUUCCGAAAAUAACACGGUGCAAGCAUCACAAGAUAAUAAUUCUGCUACUGAAUCUGAUGAAUCUGAAAAUGACCAAAGAGUGAAAAGUGUCAACACAGAUACUUAACAAGUAAAAAAGAAUAUUUUUAGUCAUAUAUAUUAGAAAAUAAUACAAACGCAAGAAAAAAAUUUUGAAAAAGCGAUGAAAUUUGCGAAUUUAUAAUAUACGUUAUUCGAAGGUCAUUUCGAAAAAAGGGAGAUUUUAAUUGUGUUUUUUUUUUGUUUUUUAAGUUGUAUGUGAAUGCAAACGUACACAAUAGUGUAAGCAAAAUUUUAUUUUUUUUAAUUCAAUUUUUAUUUGAUUUUUCCUUAGCAACAAUUUAAUCGUUCUGAUUAACAAAUGCAAUAUUGUAAUUAGGCUACAAAAAUGUACAUAUAAACUAUAUAUAAAUAUAUAUAGGAAACACAAGAUUAUUUUUUUCUUAACGAAUGUUAAAUAACUAUACAUAUUGUUACGGUCGUGCGAUAUUUGUAAUGUGUCACCGUAUAGUUUAUGUAAUCGAUAGUAAUGAGUUGACGGUCGCUCGUUGACGACGGUUGUUGUUAUGUUGCUGACGUCUGGAGCCUCGUUUGGGUGACAGACGUGUUCUAAUAAACGUCUCAGUUUCUUUUAAAGAAUCUGCUCAAUUAUUUAUUGUGCGUGAGUGCGCGUGAGUGUCUUGUGCCACCGUCGGACGUAACAAUAUAUUAGACGAUAGCGAUGAAAUUUGUGACACUAACGUCGAGACGAAUGAUAAUAACGUACAUGAUAGCGAAGACGAGAAAAUAUCUGAAUCAGAAAAUAAUAAGCAGGACAACUUUUACGACGAUACACAUGACUUCAUCGGAUGCCACAUAUUUGAAGAACGUGAUAAUGUUUGAAGCAUCUAACACAAGUGCAUGGAAAGUUUUUAAUAUGGUUCAAGCUAUUACACUACGCUUUAAUUUUUCACAAGAAGCAAAACAUGCCGUUCUCGAAUUCGCACGAAUCUUGGCUGGGCCAAAGUUUGCAAAUUUUCAAAUGAUAAAGUAUUCGAUUGCAAAAUUAUUCAAUCCUCCAGAAAAAUGCGUAACUUAUGUAUUUUAUUGCUCCCAAUGUGGUAUAAGUAUGUUUUAUAAGUCAUGAAGCAAAUGUACAAUAUAAUUUGUAUUAUUGUUAAUUGAGUACUUAUGAUAUACAUUAAAUACAUCAAUGCAAUAUAACAACUACACUGUAAUUAUUAGGCAUAAAGCGCUAAAAUGCGAGUCUUUAUAUGUAUCUACAUGAAGUGAUUCUAUAUUGGCACAUGAAUAAAUAUUAAUGCAAGAAGAUAAAAUAAAAAAAUUUAAAUUAAAUUAAAA